AUGUCCUCGGGUUCCAGAGGAGGCCCUCCCAUUGGCCGAGAUCGUGAUAGGGACGUGCGGUACGGGAGCGGUAGUGAUGACUACGGAAAACGAAGAAAGAAUUUCUAUAGUGGGUCUACGAGACGAGACUUCAAAUCUACAAAUUCUCCUCCCGGUCUAGAUAACUCGCCUUCUCAAGGCUCCUACCCUCCCAGAAGCGAUAAACCCCCUGCAAAUGACUAUGGCAGAUCACGAUACAGAGGCUCCAGUCUAUCUAACAGUGGCCCACUGUACGGUGGUGCUAGGCUGAGUCUAUAUGGAAAAGACUCUAGAUACAGCGGUUCGAAACCUAGUUAUGGCUACAACUCCAAAUACUACUCGGAUAGGAGUAGCGGUGGCGCCUAUGGCUCUUACAAUGCUAGUAAACGAGACCCUAACAGUGAAUACUACGGAUACUCCUCUUCAGGAAGAGACUUCCGUGAAAGAGAUCCUAGAGACUCUAGAGAUAUCAGAGACUCCCGUGAACACCGUGAGGUUUGGGACUAUAAAGAUUCCACUUCCAGAGAUAUGAUCAACAACUCCAAUAUACCGAGAGAGUCGGGUCGAGACCUGUGGCGUUCCGACAGACCGAAAACAUCCCUAUCAGCAUCCGGGCCUUCCGGCAGAGCCUAUGGCUCCUCCCGCUUUAAUUCCAACAACAUUCCUGUCGCCGGCCGUAGCGCUGGCCAAGGCAGCGGAAGUCUAUCUAAUUCUGGCCCGGACUAUAAGAGAGAGAGGUAUGACUAUGACAAUGAUGAUUCGUAUGGAGGUAGAUGGAAACUGUCCUACGGUCCUAGAGAUAAAUCGCGCUCUUCCCUAAGUGGCUCUAGGCCAUACAACAACAAGGAAAAGAGAAGUGCCGGCCUUACGAACAGCUUAAGCGGGAAGAGAAGCGAUUCAUAUUACCCUUCUAGGAGUCCAGCAUAUUCAAGCAGUGGAUCUAGAUACCAAGAGCGCUAUACUGACCGUUAUUCAGAACGCCGUAACGAUUUUGAUGAUGCCAAAUCUGACUACAAUGGCAGCGUCGAUGAUUACAAUGAUGUCGAGGAGGACGGCUCUGACUAUGGUGAAAGAUCAAGGUACCGCCGCGAAGACCUGAGAGAACCUGAUGAGAGAUACCCCGAAGAUGAUGAAGAUGAAGACGAAGAACAAGAUGAUGAAGAAGAUGUAGGGGAUGUGACCACGAAAACUCAUGAGGAAGAUAGCGAUAAAGAGACGGAAUCGAAGACUACAGAUGAGAUCGAGAAAGAUGCCGAGUUGGAAGCAAAGAAGAUUUCCGAAUCAGUUGUUCACGAUUUGAAGACCAUCGAAGCGAACGAGCGCAAUGAGCAUCCAACAGGUUCGCAGGUUGAAACCCAACGUCCUGAGACUCAAGACGAGGAUUAUCUGCCUAGGGAUAAAAUUGCUUCAGCUGAACCAGAAGCUAAUGACGUGAAGAUCAAAGAUGAAGCCAUUCCUGCCAACGUCGGUUAUGUCCACCCAAAGCCUGCUCUUGAAGAAAAGCCGGCUGUGGAUCCAUCAACAAUUAGGUCCAUCGAAAGCUUAAAGCUGGUCAAGGUUUCAUCCGAAGAGCUCGAUACCAUAGAUUAUCCAGAAGGCUGCUUUGCCCCACUUACAGAACUCGAUACAAAGCUACAAACGUUGAAGAUUGAAUUUGCUGUCGCCAAAGAACAAAACCAUGAUGAAAGUUUCCUCCGAUUCACUUUAGCGAAGCCAUUGACCAAUCUUCAAGACUAUCCUUUCUUUGAGCAAAAUUUAGCACAAUUUGCCUCAAAGUUCCAACGCAUCAAGGACAUCUUCAAUCGCCGGGACCGUGAUGUGAAAAAGAAGCGUCUUGCUUUGUGGAUCAGGUAUAAUACCUUGGAGAAGGAGAAUGAUAAGAGACGCAAGAAACUUGAAGAGCAGCUCAAAAUCAUCCAUCCUCCAGACGACGAUUUUAGGAAGGAGCUCGAAUCCAUUGAUAUCCGCCCAAAGAACAACGACACAGUUCCAGACGCCCAAUCUCCAACAGAACCUCAACCACAACCAGGUAGACGUGGUCGUCGUCACGGAGACUUGGUAACUACAGAAGCUGAAUUCCAGGAAAUUUUGAAGAGCUUGGAGAAUGAGCAAAAUGAAGACCCAUUGAGUAAAGCUCAGCGUGUGUCUGCCACUAUCCCUGAUCUUAUUCUCGAUCCUAUCGAACGUCAGAGCUUCAUCUUCAUGGAUUCGAAUAAUAUCGUGCAUGAUAAAGAAACGUGGGCCAGUCGUGUUAAAACUGACUUCAUGGAUAAUUUCACUGAAAAGGAACACGAUGCAUUCUGUGAAGCAUUCUGUCGUGCUCCUAAACGCUUUGGUGAGAUUUCUAGAAUUAUUGGUGGAUUAAGAACUGCUGAAGAAUGCGUGGUGCAUUAUUAUAUGACAAAGAAAGCCGUUAAUUACAAGUACUUGGUAUCUCAGUUCAAAAAGCGCUCCGCAAGAAAGCCUUCUAGAAGAAAGGCCAAACUCAAGGAACAAGAAGCGUCCUCAUCUACUGCAACCGAUACUGCUCCUGUGGAAGCUACUGAUAGCGGUAGAGAUACCGAGUCAGGAUUGACUCCAGAUAUCGGUGGUCCAACGCUCGAAUUGGCUGAGGAGGUCAGACGCAAGCGUGGAGUUGAGGCCGUUGAUUACGCCGAGCGGACAACAACAGAAGAAGGGAUUGAAGCCCCACCAAAGAAGAAGACAAGAAGACGGAGGGAGGAGGAAGUACACCUCCCAAGCACUGACUCUUCGCAGCCUGACGUCCAUGGUCAAAUGUCUACUGAUGGGUCCUCUCAACUUCCUCCUGGAUUGUCGAGUCCAUCGGCUGAUCGCCUGGCAAAUGGAAGUUUAUCUGACGACAAGCGUAAGGCGAUUACCAGCUACUGGAGUAUCACUGAAGUCAACGAUUUCCCACGCAUGCUUGCUUCCUUUGGCUCCAAGUGGUCGCUCAUUGCCCAAAAGCUCAAUACAAAGACUGCUACCAUGGUGAGAAACUAUUACCAAAGAAACGCCGAAAAGAACGGAUGGCAGCAGAUCGUCUUGGAUGCGGACGGAAGACUCGGCCAGGGUGUUGGGGACCCACAUUCUCAUAUCUCCAACGUUGACGCUACCAUUGUUGUCAGGCCCCAGAGAAGACCUGAAGAGUACGGACGCAGACCAGACGAGCAAUACAAUGGAACUUAUGAAACCCAUGCUCCAAAGUUCUCGGAUGUGCCAGUUGGUACUUUCCAGCAUCCUUUCCCAGCAGUUCCGCCAAAGAGAGCAUCUGUGGGCUCCUUGCUUUCCGGUCCUCCUCCAGUCAUGUAUGAACCAGCUUCCCAGCCUCCACAUUUUCCAGGUGUUUCAUCUGCUCCUUCGGCUGCCUCACAACAGCCUGUUCAUCACACAGCUCCAGUUCUUCCAGCUCCAGUGCUGCAACCAGCCAAACAUGGAGGAGUCAAACCAUCCAUCAUGAGUCUUCUCAAUGCCGAUUCCGCAGCUCUGCCUCCACCUUCCGGACCUCCACCACAACCAUACAAUCCUCAGCCUGCUACGAGUGCCCCAGCGCCGGCGCCGGCGCCCGCCCCAAGGCCUGGAAACCUUGCCUCGUUGCUUAAUGCAUCCUCGUCGCCAGUCAGGCCUCCUGAAACUAGUCAGAGCAAGCCGGAGCCAUCUGCUCCACGCAAGAACAGCAUCAAGUCUCUUUUGCAUGACCUGUGA